UUCGCUACUACGCGCAGAAAUUGAACAGCGCUCGAACGAGGCAGACAUACGCCAAGGAACGCGAAAAGAGAAAACCGUUUGACCGUUUUUGUCGCGCGCGCGCAUCCAUCAGUUGCUUGUGGAGCUGGAAAACGGAUACAAUUGAGAAAGGUUAAAAGUGCAACUGUGCGUGUCCCAGGCAAGGAACUUUACAGCGGUACAAAAAGAACACUUUCCAAACCCUUAUUCCAAAGUUAUUGUGCAGAGUGCAGUGUGUGUAACGUUUCCGUACAGAGAGCCUGAACGAUGGGAUUGCUUCGACGGAAUAGUUUAAACAUUGGCAAAUGGUUUCCGGCCGGUACGCAGCAGACGGCCCCGGUCGCACCGACAACCGGAACCGGUCCAACACGGGGCAGUUUCGGCAGCUCGGUCGCUAUACAGAAGCUGCGCGAAAGCAAAUGGUUCGAUGCCGGCGAGGAGCGCAUCUUUUGCGCCGUGAUCGAGAACGGUUUCAUUGUGGAGGUACGCCGCCAGACGGCACCCGGUGACAGCUGGUUCGGUGUGGUGUCCAUCGAGCAGAAGAAGUCCCCCAAACCAACCGCCGAAAGUGUGAAAAUAUAUUCCGUGCGCAUGAAGGAAAAUGAGAAAAAACCAAUGAAGGUGUAUUGCGUUACAUUGGCUAAUCUGUGGCAGCAAGGACAUCAGCUGCGGAUCAACAAUGUGGCCGAUCGGACAAAGAAAGCACACCCGGAGAAAGACAUUUUAGCGCAGAUAAAGUACGCCUCGAAAUGCCAAAUGUCGUUCCACAACAGUCAACAUUUUGCCGAAUUUUGUCGAUACGGUGACCGACCACAGGACAGCCGGAAGCGACAAGUAAGUGCGUUACUGAAACGGUUCGAGGACGCAUUGCAAGGAGCGCACAACAGCUACUUCUGAGCUAUACGACUCUGCGCCCGCCCGGGGGAGCUCGCGAAAGAUUUCGGACUGCGCCAAAUGGGGUGGUAUCAAUAUGGGGGCAACGCUUAUUUUCAUGGAAAUGCAGAAGAAGCAAAAGUCACUAUCGCACUAAGGAGUGAGUGCACUCUCGGAGUUGUCCUUGUGUAUCGACUUAUCGGUAUCCCAACAAACCAACAUUUUGCUCGUGGAGCACUAGAACUGGUCUUUAGUGGUUAAGCAUUUCAGCGGCAGUAGACCGUAUGGAACAUUAAUUGUGAUUUCUGUCACUUGCUACGUUUAUAGGAACAGUUUAUCGACGUGUUUUGUUUUGAUCUUUGCGGUACGGAAUGUGGUAUUACGCAUCUUACACUUAGUGAGUAGCUUAUAUUCGAUAGGUUUAGACGUAAGAGAAGCAGCACUGAAACUGAUCACCAUGUUGAUUGUAAAAGGGUAUUGUUGUUUCGUUGAAUCGUUUUUGUAUCAUUACCAAAGCCCAACAGUAGUAGGUACAUAAGCUGAACAAUUUAUACUUACGUAAAGAAAUGUAUGUACAUGAAACUAUAUAAUAAAAUCUACAAAUUUAUUGCGAUUAAA